CUUUACAGCACACCACUAGGAAGUGCUCACACUAAUGGCGUCUUCACAACGCGUCGGACGGAUCAGCUGAUUCUUAUAUCUGCCUGCAAAACUACAUGAAGACAUAAGGUUUUUGGACUGCUGGACCCUUGGCCCUCCAUGGAAGCUCUGCAGCAGGCAUUAUGACCACAGCUAGGUACCGACCCACCUGGGAUUUGGCCCUGGACCCGCUGGUGUCCUGUAAACUGUGCCUGGGAGAGUUUCCCUUGGAGCAAAUGACCACCAUCACCCAGUGUCAAUGCGUCUUCUGCACCCUGUGCCUGAAGCAGUAUGUGGAAAUUCUAAUCAAAGAGGGCUUUGAAACUGCGAUCAGCUGUCCAGACUCUGCAUGCCCAAAACGAGGACAUUUACAAGAAAAUGAGAUUGAAUGCAUGGUAGCCACAGAGAUAAUGCAGAGAUACAGGAAGCUGCAGUUUGAGAAGGAGGUGUUGAUGGACCCGCACCGGACCUGGUGCCCAUCCUCCAUGUGCCAGGCUGUGUGCCAGCUGAAAGAGUCUGACACGGCGCUUCCACAGUUGGUGCGCUGCAGCAUGUGCACACAUGAGUUCUGUUCUGCCUGCAAGGCCAGCUGGCACCCGGAGCAAGACUGCCAGGAGAACAUUCCCAUCACCUCUUUUCUACCUGGAGAGAGCAGUUCUUUCUUUAAGGAUGAUGAUGACGACGCCCCAAUCAAACGCUGUCCUAAAUGUAAAGUCUACAUAGAGAGAGAUGAGGGCUGUGCCCAGAUGAUGUGCAAGAACUGCAAGCACGCUUUCUGCUGGUACUGCCUGGAGUCCUUGGACGACGACUUCCUCCUGAUCCAUUAUGACAAAGGACCCUGUCGCAACAAAUUAGGCCACUCCAGAGCCUCUGUGAUCUGGCACAGAACGCAGAUUUUGGACAUGAACUUUAUUACCACCUGCUGGUGGAAUCUCCAAACUGCAAAUGCAGAAACUGAAUUUGGACUUUGCGCUGAGUUAAGAGGUUGUUGGAAUCUUUGCUGGUUUCGGACUGCUUUUACUCGUAGCCUCUCCGUUCUUGCUGCUAGCCACGCCAUUCGUGCUGUGCUGUAAGUGCAAAUGCAGUAAAGGCGAUGAUGACCCUUUACCCACCUAACAGCCUGUCACGAGGAGUCGCUGUAGGAGGAAUUCCGGUCAUUCCCUUUAAAUCGUUUUUCUUUUCCUCCUCUACCUUUGAGCUUUCAUCGACCGGUUGGACUUGCGCAUUUGAAGCCACAAUGCGAGUCAUCUCACGUCACGGUUACUGUCACUGCUAGCUAAUGUAGGCUACAUCUAGGCAGGCCCUGGCGAGACUUCAGGAGACCUCAUGAGCCUGCUGCUUGCUUAGGUGGAGGACUUGAGAGGUGGGGUUACUUAUUGUCCCUCCCCUUUCAUGGUAACACAAGCGAUGUUACUAAAAGAGCACAGCGCUGUUCAAUCUAAGCGCUCUUCUAUUUUGCAUAUGUUUUCCAUAUGUGGCUCUUCUGGAGGGUUCUGUUUUAGCAGAAAAUAUAUUCAGUCUGUUCAUCUGACGGUCUCUGUGUGCAGUCACACGGCUCACUCUUUGCCAUUUGUGUUCACUUUAAAUGCUUCAGAGUGAGUACAAUUUUUGUUUAAAUGCACUGCAAGAAUACUACUUUAAAUGCUUAUUCAAAGCUAAAUUUUACAUUCAAGACUUUGUUUAGUGGCAUGUCUUAUUUGUUGAGAUCUUUCAAACUAAGGCCACAGACAAACCUAAAUUGAUAUGGCAGAUUAUGGGUGCUGAUGUCAUCAAGGGUUACACCGAAUUUAUUUUAUUUAUUUUUUUGCCAAUUAAAUUUCUCCCUGUGCACUUAAGAACUAUUUUUUUGUUUUGAGACAUAGUCACUGAUCUCCAUGGAUUUAAAGCGUUAAUUUGAGUCCAAAGCAGGACUGUUCUGUGAGUUUAAAAUGCCAAAUAUUGACCCAUUGAAAUCUCUGAGUGUAAUAAAUCGCUCAAACAAACCCUUAACCUAAUCCGAUCAUGAGAUACAAGAUCCUAUUUCUAGCUCUAAAGUUCAAGAUAAACUGUUAGUCCCUUUUCUACAGUAAAGUGUGAUCAUAACUGUUAAUUAUAUGGUGAUUUACUCAACGGUAUAUCGUGUUUUUUGUCACAUAGUUUGUAGAUACAGUUUGUAUUCCUCGCAACAACAAGUACAAUUUUGAAACAGUCACUGUAAUUCUGGCAGGGAUUAUAAUCUGUUUUCAAGACUGUUUGGCUAAAACAUAUUUACAAGUCCAGCACUUUGUCUAUGCAAGUUCAUACAACUUGAAGAUAAAAAAUAUGUGGCUUCUGCUGUCUUGAAUUGAAUGUUUGCUAGUUUGUUGUUCAAAAAGCCAUUUGUGGUAAUGUUGAGAAUUGACAAAUAUUUUUAAAAUGAUUUCUUUCCUUAAGUGGACUGAUUUUAAACUAGAGUUAUGAUGCUAUUUGAAUGUUAACAUCUUGCCUGCACUUCUUGAAAAGCUACUGUGCCAUUUGUCAUAUGUUACUCUCAAAUAUUCAAAUCAGAGCAUCUGCACCUGCCAUAUGUGUAGCUGGAUAAUAUGUAGCUCAUUACAUUUCUUCAGAAUUCUCUCUGAUUCCUUCAUCUGGCAUUUUUUGUGUGCCAUAUUAGAGGUUGACAUGACAAAGUGAUUGUCUUUUGUUUGCAAAAAAUAAAUAAAAAAUUGUGUUGCCCCUCUGAAAUUCACAGUAUUCACGAAGCUGAUUACUAGUAUGUAAAUAUAUUAUGUUGGUCAGCUGGAUCCUUUGGUAGCAACCUGAAUUAUGUUUUUUAGCCUUAUAUUUUGGAGUACCUCACUUUUUUCUUCUGUAGCUGACAUAAGGUUUGUUUGUUUUUUGUUUUUGUUUUGUUUUUUUCAUUUUAAUUGUGUAUGGAUUUAUCCUCAGGUCCUCCUACAUGAAUAAUGUUGGCACUUUUCAACUUUUGUAAUGUUCAAAGAUAUAGAACUUUAUGCAUGCAUAGUUACAUUAAAUAAAAAUUGUUGUACAUGAAAUGGCCAAGUUAUAGAGUAAUAAUAUUGUUAUUCAUUAUAUAUUAAAAUAUAUAUAUAUAUAUAUUUCACACACAAAAAAAAACAAAAAAAAAAUUCUGGUGAAGAAAUAUUAUGAUUAUUUCCAGUCUGUAUAAAACUCUGAUCACAUUGCUCCUUUUGCAGGCUUAGAUAAUUAAAUGAAUUGUGCUUUCAGUGUUGGUGUCCUCUCUUACUUUUAUUUAUUUUAUUUUUUUUUUACUUUUUGUGGUUAAACUAUAAUAUUCUCAGAUUUGAAAUCAUAAUGCAUAAUCUCAGAAUGAUAGUCAAAAUUAAAGCACAGCGUCAUUGCCAUAAAUGAACAGCACACAAGUUACUUUAUCCAGCUUAACCAAAUCUUUGUCAUCUUUUAAACAUUUGGCCAUUUCAUGUGAAACAGUAGUGUGUGUGUGUAUAUAUAUAUAUAUAUAUAUAUAUAUAUAUAUAUAUAUAUAUAUAUAUAUAUAUACUGUAUAUAUAGAUAUAGAUAUAGAUAUACAGUAUAUAUAUAUAUAUAUAUAUAUAUAUAUAUACUGUAUAUAUAGAUAUAGAUAUAGAUAUAGAUAUAGAUAUAGAUAUACAUGUAUAUAUUGACAAUCGUGCCAAGUGGAUUUUUAAGACAUUGAUGAGGGAACUCUUUUUGACAGAGUGAGUACAUUUGUAAUCAAAGUACAGUAGAUCUUUGAUGUCAUAUGGGCUAUAUAAUUGCAUCUUAUUUUAUUUCAUUUAUGACAUAUGUACAUUUUUGUUUUAUUACAUUUCCAUUUGAUGUUCUUUUUUUGUUGUAUACACUGUUUUUAUGAAAUAUUAGCUGUAUUAUAUAUUAGUGUUCUUUAUUUUAGAAUGAAUGAAUUAGCGCUUCACUCGGUGCUUAUUUUGUUCAGUCUGUUUGGGGUAGUGUAGCCCCAUGUUCCCAUGUAAAAUGCCAAAUGUUACAACAUAUUAGAAAUGAUUGUGGCUUUACAGGUAAACUGGAGACGCUCCUUGACAUAAACUAAACAUCUGGCAAAUGGCCAUAAAUUGUAUUGUUUCUGUUUGUAAGAAUCUCCUCCCUUGGAGAUAAUUUGACAUUUGAAACACAUGUCUUUUGUUUUUACUACAGUUGUCUGUUUGUAUUAAUGUCUGUCUUUCCACUUGGCUAUUCCAAAUAUUUCUCAUUAUGACUUACAGUAUUUGGAUGUUUUUCACCAUAUAAAUUUAGUGAUCUGGCAGUGUCCUUUUAUCAUUGCUCCUAAAACAAGUUUUACCUUUUACUCUUCCUUAGAUGGCCUUUUAAUGAUUAAUUUGUUUGUUUUUGAUACAUAAUUCAUAGAUUAUGUAUUUUAUUCUCUGUAAAUUGGAGCCAAAUCCCACUUUUACAGUUGUAACCAUGUAAAUUUGCAUGUAUGUGAAAUCUUGAGAGUAAAAAAAUACAAUAAAAAAUAAGAUAAAAACAUAUUCACUUGUAUCGUCCAUGCCACAAACACUGUGAUAUUAAAGUGUC